AUGCACAAAGAACUGUUGGAACGUGGCAACAGUCUGCAUGGAAGAGUUUGAUGGACAAGAAGACCCCUGGCUAUUACGAAAGUUGAUUUUGGAGGCAAGUUCGAGUGGGAGGCUGCAAAGUACAUUUCUGCCCAACGGAACAAAUUGACUGCUGAAGCUAAAGUCCUUGAGAUAAAGAAACGAUGCCUUGAGUUCCUUCUUGAAGCCGUAAUUCAGGUGGACAAACGACUUCCUGCUACAUGUGACCUGUUCAAAAACCUGAGUGCCUUACAUCCAAAUAAAGUGUUGGAUGCUUCACAGAGAGUUCCUUACAACCAGCUCCCACUUUCCCAUCUACGUCAAGAGAAUGCAGACAUAAUAGAAGAGCAGUACAGGAAAAUCCUACACCGUCCAUGGAAAGAACCUAUUUUGGACGGCACCAUACCCGACAGCACCAUCCAAUUUUGGUCUUGCAUCGUCAAUUUCCAAAGUUCUUUGGGUCACAAACUGUUUGAGGAGUUGGCUACCUACUUACUGAACUGCCUGACGAAUCCUGUUAGUAAUGCGGUGGUGGAGAGAACAUUCUCUUUGGUGACGUCAGUAAAGACCAAAGUACAAAAUCGUAUGGGACUAGAACUGCUAAAUGCAAUUACCAGAAGUCGCAGUCAACUGCAAUUCAGCUAA